UUUUUAUACAUAUACACAAGCACUACCCGGACGCAUUUUAGUGCGACACAGGGGAUUAAUGGCUGCAGUCAACGUACGGCUCUCCUCUCUCAUUGUUUACAUUUGGAAACGAUAUGUCCACCGUGUUCUUCAGCUUGUCAUUAAUACAGCAUCAAACCUAACCCUUCAGUGAUGAUAAAUACCGCUAGAUGAAUGUGAAAAGAGUGUCAGAGAGGGAGGAUCAGGUCGAUCAGCGGUGAACUAGCCCUGUGAGCUAGCUGUAACUAUCACAGCUCCAUCUUCUCUGUGUCGCCCUGUUGGCUCCAGAGAUGGCAAGUUAAGUCUUCCACCUUUACGUUUGGCUUUUCCUCCCGCUCGGAUAUCUCAAGGACAACCAAAUGACUGAGGAGGUAUAGCUAGAGCCAGGAGAGCCUAAAGGCCAGACAAUAUCUUCUUUUGAGGAAUAACAAAGGGUGCACAAUGUUUAGUGUAACUCAAAGCUCCAAGUCCGAGUUCCUGGACAAAGCCAGGCAGGCCAGGGAGGAAAGGAAAGGACACAAGGACAAGGAGAAAUCAGCAAUCCUCAUCCAAGCCCUGGUCAGGAGAUUCCUCUGUCGCUGCAGGAUCCAGAAGCAAAUACGGAAAGAGGUUGAUGACUAUUUUCAAGCUUCUGAAACGGGGACAUCAAAAAGAAAUGCACUUUCAAUUUUCAAAAUUGCUAGGAAAUUACUAUUCGUAUAUCGCCAAGAGGAUAAGAUGAGGUUUGAGAAGCUCUGCCGUGCAAUUCUUGCCAGCAUGGAGGUUGAAAAUGAACCUAAAGUCUGGUAUGUUUCCUUGGCUCUCUCCAAAGACCUCACCAUUCCUUGGCUCAGACAGAUAAAAGAAGUGCUUUGGGUCUGCUGUCAACUACUGAAACAUUUAAAGCCUGACAUACUUCAGGACAAUAAAUUGGUAACGCUGUACCUCACCAUGCUGGUGACCUUCACCGACACGUCAAACUGGCGGAUAGUCCGAGGGAAGGGAGAAGCUCUCAGACCCGCUUUGAUGAGGAUUUGUGAAAAUAUCAUGGGCCAUCUCAAUCAAAAGGGAUUCUACUCAAUACUACAGAUCUUGCUGACCAAUGGCUUGGCUCGGUCUAAACCGUCUCUUUCCAAAGGCACUCUAACAGCCAUCUUCUCUUUGUCGUUAAGGCCAGUCAUUGCUGCUCACUUCUCCGACAACCUGCUAAGAUCAUUCCUCCUUCACAUCAUGUCAGUUCCAGCCGUCGUAUCCCACCUCAGUGUGCUUACUCCAGAGUGUAUGGCGUCCGUCCAGACGCAUGAUCUGCUGCGGAAGUUCAUUCUGUUUCUCAGCCGGGAAGAACAGUGUUUGGACAUCUGUGUGUGUCUGGAGGGGAGCCACACACUCUGCUUACUUGGCAACCUGAUUCACUUGGGCUACCUUAACGAGAAAGUCCUUGAAGAGGAGAACAACCAUUUUGUGAAGGACCUGACUGACAUGCUGUCGUACUGCCAGAGAUAUGUAUCCCAAAAGAAGUCCAACCUCACCCACUGGCACCCUGUCCUGGGCUGGUUCUCCCAAACUGUAGACUACGGUCUGAACGAGUCGAUGCCGCUGGUCACUAAACAGCUUCAGUACCUGUGGGGUGUUAAUGUCAUUCGGACGCUCUUCAGUGACGUCCUCUCCAAAAAGCUGGAGAGUCAGGAGCCCACUCCCCCACCCCCGCAACCGAGCACGUCACAAAACAAUCUACCAGUUAAAAACCUCUUCAAGCGAGCGUUUCAGAAAUCGGCCUCUGUGCGGAACAUCCUGAAACCAGUCGGAGGGAAGCGAGUCGACUCGGCUGAAGUUCAGAAGGUGUGCAGCAUCUGUGUGCUCUACCAGACGGCUCUGUCAACACUAACGCAAAUACGACUCCAGAUACUCACCGGUCUAACACAUCUUGAUGACCUUUUGCCCAAACUGUGGGCCUUCAUCUGUGAGCUCGGUCCUCAGGGAGGCCUCAAACUCUUCAUGGAGUGUCUGAACAAUGACACCGAAGAGUCCAAGCAGCUCCUGGCUAUGCUCAUGCUCUUUUGCGACUGCUCACGGCACCUCAUCACAAUCCUGGAUGACAUUGAAGUCUAUGAAGAACAAACAUCUUUCAAGAUCGAGGAACUCCUCACCAUCUCUUCAUUUCUGAACACGUUUGUGUACAAGAUGGUAUGGGAUGGCAUCUUAGAAAAUGCAAAGGGAGAGAAACUGGAGUUGUUCCACAGUGUUCAUGGCUGGUUGAUGGUGCUUUAUGAGCGGGACUGCAGGCGGCGAUUCACCCCUGAUGACCACUGGCUGCGCAAGGACCUGAAGCCCAGCCUGUUGUUCCAAGAGCUGGAGAAAGGCAAGAGAAGAGCCCAGCUUUUACUGCAGUACAUCCCACAUGUCAUUCCUCAUAAAAACAGGGUGCUGCUGUUCAGGAACAUCGUCACGAAGGAAAAAGAAAGUUUAGGAUUGGUAGAAACAAGCUCUGCUUCACCACAUGUCACCCAUAUUACCAUUCGACGCUCACGGAUGUUAGAGGAUGGGUAUGACCAGCUCCGCAGAUUACCGCCAAAUUCCAUAAAAGGCGUCAUUCGGGUGAAGUUUGUCAACGACCUUGGAGUAGACGAGGCUGGUAUCGAUCAGGACGGUGUGUUCAAAGAGUUUCUAGAGGAGAUCAUUAAGAAAGUGUUCAAUCCUGCUCUCAACCUGUUCAAGACUACAAGCGGAAAUGAGAGGCUGUAUCCUUCACCCACAUCUUACAUCCAUGAGAACCAUUUGCAGCUGUUUGAGUUUGUGGGGAAGAUGCUCGGGAAAGCCAUAUAUGAGGGCAUCGUUGUGGACGUCCCUUUUGCCUCCUUCUUCCUCAGUCAAGUCUUGGGUCACCACCACACCACUUUCUACAGCUCCAUCGAUGAGCUGCCCUCGCUGGACUCUGAGUUUUACAAGAACCUCACGUCCAUCAAGCGCUAUGACGGAGAUGUAGGGGAUCUGGGACUGUCGCUAUCCUAUGAUGAGGAUGUUAUGGGGCAGCUCGUCUGUCAUGAGUUGAUACCUGGGGGGAAAACCAUGCCAGUCACCAACGAAAACAAGAUCAGCUACAUCCACCUCAUGGCCCACUUUCGGAUGCACACGCAGAUUAAGGAGCAAACAGCGGGUUUCAUUCGGGGCUUCCGCAGCAUCAUUAACUCUGAGUGGCUGCACAUGUUUUCCACGCCUGAGGUUCAGCGCCUUGUCUCAGGAGACAAUGCUGAGAUUGAUCUGGAUGACCUCAAGAAACACACGGUCUACUAUGGAGGUUUUCACAGCAGCCAUCGUGUCAUCAUCUGGCUAUGGGACAUCCUGUCCAGUGACUUCACUGCUGAAGAGAGGGCCAUGUUCCUUAAAUUUGUUACCAGCUGCUCUAGGCCGCCUCUUCUAGGUUUUGCCUACCUCAAACCACCUUUCUCCAUCCGUUGUGUGGAAGUUUCAGAUGAUCAGGACACCGGAGACACCCUUGGCAGUGUUCUUAGGGGCUUUUUCACAAUCCGCAAGAAGGAGCCCGGUGGUCGACUCCCCACUUCAUCAACAUGCUUCAACCUGCUCAAGUUGCCCAAUUACAGCAAGAAGAGCAUCUUGCGCGACAAGCUGCGCUACGCUAUCAGUAUGAACACAGGCUUUGAGCUCUCCUAACUCCAUUGCAUCAGGACAAUCGUCACAGGAGGGUUGUGUUGAGCAGCCUGAGCUGAACGAGAGGCUCGGCAUACCCGGACUGGAGGCUGUCAAGUCAAAGGGGCAUCACCUAAAGAAAAGGGGACACAUGAAGGACCUACAAACUCUCCUUUUGUCUCUUUUUAAAACUGGAUGAGCUCUGCUCUACUUCAGCCUCCUCCCCCCCCCCUCACAUCGAAGGGGAUGCUGUCUCUGCAGCACAAUCCAAUUUUUAGCAUCUCCCUUUGCCACUCCCAAAAUUCAAUAUGUGGUGUAUUUAACUUGAUGAAAUACAGAUAUGCAGUGGCUACAUCUCUGUUUCUCAGGCUUAACAGAAUCACACUUGGAUCUAACACUCCCAUUUUAGGCGAACUGGAAAGCAAUACAGAUGCAAUGCAAGCCAUUAGACACGUGGUCGACUCCAUCGAGUGAAACCAAGUGAUGCAUUGUUAAUAUACUUACAAGCUUGGACUCCAUUAUCCGAGCAACUUUAAGCUGAUAUUGGACGAGUCUUAAAAUGUUUUGCCGAACAUAAUGCAUCUUUUAUAAAUGGAAGACAAAUCAAUGUCUUGUGUUUAACCUCCAUGAAGGAGGAGUGGCUCACAGUAGUGAUCCUGUGUUUAUUACAUUAUUGUCCCAUUUCGAAGAAAAUCAUUUAGACCUCGCUCCAUUUCUCCCCACUAAAAGACUCUGCAGUCACCUGAGAGAGACGUUAGGUUUUUUAUGUUCUCAUUUGAACAUCUGCCUCAGUUCUGGCGAAGCAGCAGCAUUUCUCGACACAAAAAAAAAAAUCCAACUGUUGUUUGAUUUAGAAAAGAUGUCCUUGCUGUAGCAUUUUACUUUUGAGUAAAAAAAAGAAACUGGAAAUGUUCGGGCUCUGUUUGUAUCUGCCCAGUAAAGCAGAUACAGAUAUUCAUUGUCACACAUCUGUGCUUGACCUCCACUCCAAAAAAAUGAAGAGCAAAGUUAAUCAAUGAUGAGUCUUCGUACUUAAUACUAGUAAAACUGAAGAUUUCUCACCAUACCUUUGAAUAACGUUGAGUGCCUCAUAUAAUGCCACCCCCCUUUGCUCUCACAUGUCUGACUGUAAUCCAAUUGUAACUAAUAACCACGUAUAUCGGAAACAAGCCAUAGAAACUAUGGGGGCUAUGUACCUGGACUUAAUCUCUGCUCCGACUAACAAUAGAAUUGCAGAAACCCAACCACUACUACCACUGCAGUAACAGCAACAACAAUAACUGAGGAGGUUUUUACUACAAUGCUCUCUGAUCUCUGUGGAUUUUUUGAGCCAUGCGGAAAAAGAAUUGGAGGUUUAAAAACCUCUCAACAUGAUGUCAUGGACUGGUUCGUCAACCAAAUGUGACUGCUUGAUCUUUUGCUCCCUUGGAUGGAAAUGUUGCCGAAAAGGGACAAGGGUGAAUGCUACCUUAUCAGCCUAAAUAUUACUUUACACAGGGUUCAAUUAGAUCAUAUAGCUGAGGAAGUUACUAGAAAGAGGACUUCUACUUUCAAAGAAAGAAAAUAGCAAAUCUUUACUAUGUUCUUUAUUAUGCAAAAAAAUUGUUUUCUGUCAUGAAUGAGUAUGGAUACCACAAACUAUAGAACAUACUGGUAAUUAUUGCCAUGUUUCUAACUAGUAUGGCCAUUAACUUCAAAAUAAGUGAUUAUAAUUAUAUAUAACACUGGUUAUAUUGAAUUAACCUGCAGCAUACUAAUGAGAUUAAACUAUUUUCAGAUCUGACAAAUCAGUCCGGAGGAUCUCGCUCCCGCUCUCCUCCUUUCAAUCUGUUCCAGCAAGAAGUGGAAACGCUGCGAAUGGAUUCACACGACAUGCUACACUCAAGUGUGUGUUGGCGUGUGAGAGAGAUGAGAGAUACCUCACAAGCUUGUCUGUCUGGUGAUGAGGUUUCUCAUCUGUUUUAAAAUGAUGUCAAGAGUAGGCUAGACUUUAAGUGUACCAGUGGAAUGCUGAUGAUGACCUUUGACUAUCCGCUCUUUUAGUACAAAAAAUAUGAAUAAAAAUGAUCCUGGAAAUGUU